AUGGCAGUCACAGACGUAUACAUCUCCGCCCUCGACCACAACAAGGAAUGGGCGGCGAAAAUCGCCCAAGAAGACCCAACUUUGUUCGCCACCCUCGCUAUCGGCCAACACCCCCAGAUCCUCUGGAUCGGGUGUUCGGAUUCGCGCUGUCCGGAAACCACCCUCCUGGGGCUCAAGCCCGGCGAUGUCUUCGUCCACCGGAACAUCGCCAACAUCAUCCACGCGACGGAUCUCAGUUCCUCGGCCGUGAUUGAGUACGCGGUCCGUCAUCUGCGAGUCAAGCACGUCGUGCUGUGCGGACAUACUAGCUGUGGUGGUGUGGCUGCCGCGCUAGGAAACAAGCCCUUGGGCAUUCUGGAUCCGUGGUUGCUGCCUCUUCGACAGAUCCGGUCGCUACAUCUGAAGGAAUUGCAGGGGAUGUCAGCGACGGAGGCGAGUUUGCGAGUGGUGGAGUUGAAUGUCCAGGAGGGGAUCAAGCUGUUGAAGCAGAAGGAUGUCGUGUUGGAGGCUAUUGAGAAACGCGGACUGCAGGUCCAUGGGUUGAUCUAUGAUGUGGCCUGUGGCGUGCUUCGUGAGUUGGAUAGCAAUGAGCCGGAGGAGGCGAUUAAGGCGAGACUUGCGUCGUUUAAGCUGGAGGCUUAA